ACUCAUGCUCUGCUCUGUCUAUUCCUCCCAAUAUUGUCGUUCCGAUUCUCUCCAUUACUGCAAAGUACUCAAAACCCAUUCGGUACUCAUAUCAAAUUUUAAUCUUCAAACAAAAUAAUUUCUGGAUCUUGGAACACAGCCAUCUCAAAAGGUAACAUUUUUUUUCCCUAGUUGUUGGAGUCAAUGUCUCACAAAACUUUACUACUUUUUAUUUAUGAAAUAAUCACUUCUGAUUCUUAUCCCAUGUUUUAAUUUGAUUUCCUUGAGUGGGUUUUAAAAGAAAAUCUGAGAAACUGUGUAAUAUUUAUUUGAUUUCUAUAGAGAUACAUGACUAUAGAUAAUGACUUCGUUGAUUCUUUUCUCAGGAUCACUAAUAGAGUUUUCUUAAUAUUGGUGAGCUUUUUUUUUUUUUUUUUUUUGCUUGAGCCAAAGCGUUCAUGUUGGGAUCAAAAGCAUUCUCAUUCUCACCUGCAAAGAACAAGAUCAAACAACUAUACCAUUUGAAAGAUUCUUGGGGUACUUUGGCAACUACAACGGCAAAGAAACCAGGGAAAGAUGUUGCUUCCGAAGAAGGAACAGUUAAAGAGAAGUCUGAUCAUCCUAUUGCCGUUUUCAGCCGACCACCGCCACUCCCACCUGUUCUUGGACCCUUAAUUGUACUGUCCUUAAUGGAAUCUUGGUCCAGUCGUGAUGGCAAUGAAGACUGAUACGAAUCUGACUACUUGAGGAAGAGCUUUAGAAUUUUGAGUACAAAUUGAAAAACGUAGCUUUGUAGAUAAGUGGCCAAGUUCCAGAGGUGUACGUAACUUUUCAGAAUUGGGUUUAUGAAAAGUCCCAACGAAAUGCUGUAAAUCUUUAGUACCCAACUUAGUAUAACGUGUGGACUCUUUAGGAACCCUGCACAUGUUUUAGUGAGUUAUCCUUAAUCGUUAUGAGUUUGAUUUGGUAAAAGAACAGGUUUUGAAAUCAAAUUGGAAUGUUAUGCUUACAUUCAGUUGCUCUUGGGAAA